AUGGCUACUCCGAGCCAGCGAAGCCUUCCCACGCGGCACAACCCGUUCCUUCUCGAGAACGUUCCUGAAUACCUCGAGCUUGUUCAGCGCCGUCGGCUUGGUCAGACCAAACUUACCCCUAAGAUGGUCGGUGGUGACGACGCCGAAUCUACCGCUCUAGGCGUGUUCGAUUACGCGCACCUGCGGGCACCUCUGCCCAAGGGUAUCGUUUCCGGAAUUUUCAAGUCGAGCCCGACGAGUUACUUCCUCAUGCGCCGAAGCUUCGACGGCUACGUUUCCGCCACGGGCAUGUUCAAGGCCACGUUUCCCUACGCCGAGGCUUCGGAUGAGGAAGCCGAGCGCAGGUACAUCAAGUCACUUCCGACUACAAGUCCAGAGGAGACUGCUGGUAACAUCUGGAUUCCUCCGGAGCAGGCUCUGGCUCUGGCCGAGGAAUACUCUAUUGGUAUUUGGAUUCGCGCUUUGCUGGACCCUGCAAAGAUUCCGGUUUCCUCAUACUCAAACCCCGAUUCCCCUCCAAAGAACAUCUCUGCGCCACCUAAAUUCGACUUCGUAAAGGCCUCGGCAAAGCUUGCACCCCCAUCAACGUCUACACUGGCCAAGAGCUCUCGCAGUCGUCGAUCUGUCAGUCCUACCAAGGGGUCGAGACGUGGUCCUGCCUCGCCGCGAAAGCGCAAAAUUCAAUCCAAAGCCAGCUCGACAGAGCCAGCGGCUGACAAGGCAGAAGUCAAUGGCGAUUCCAAGAAGGGCAAACAGGAUGACAUUGUCCUGAAAACUAGCGAGUUCGAGCCUGCCGUGGUUUUGGAACCCAGGACUGAGGAUGCAACCAUGAAGAUCCGCGUCGAUGAGGUUUCAAAGGAUGCUGCUGGCCAUGAGACCAAGCACACUGUUACAGAGGUUGACGUUCCUCUGCCCAUGGCAGGGGAGCCACCUAGUGCUGAAGAAGUCGCCAGAAUGAUGGAGGCAGCCAAGGAGAUGGUACAGAAGGACAGGGAAGCGGAUGAAAAGCAUGCAGAACAACAAAAGAAAUAUGAUGACGACAAGGGCACGGAUACAACAACCACAGUCAAGAAGGGCAAGCGUAAAGCUGGGGACAUCUCCAUGUCUGAAAAGGACGACGAAAAGGCGCACAGUAUGGCUGAAGAAGCUAAGGAAGAGCAACCACGAGCAAAGAAAGUCAAGACUGAGGCAGAAUUACGGAAAAACAGAGUCAAGAACCGAGCUCUGUUUGGUAUCGGCGCUACAGUCGCAGUUGGGUAA